ACUGCUCAUGCGCUCCCAUGAUUCACCACCUCAGCUCGCAGAGAUGCUGCUGACAAUGCGACUCAUGAAGAGAAAACGCACUGAUUUGCUGCAGAAGACGUAAGGAAUCGAAGGCCGCCGCUUGGCUGACCAGACCACUUGUCCUCGUGAACAUAAUACAUCAUCAGACUACCUGGCGUUGAAUUGAUCUCUGUCAUUAAUUCAGGUUGGGUGAGUGCCACCGGUCCAACAAGGGCAUGUGUUCUUAGAUUUUUACAUAAUCUUAUCCUUGCGUAAUUUUAUACCGCGUUUUGGAUGCGGCGCGGAGCAGUGUGUUGUCAGGAUCUGGGUAAUACAGCCAGGAAGGAUUUCUCCAGCGCUCUCUUCUUUUCGCCCUGCAUCCCGCUACUUGUCUUUACAUUGGAUAGACUAUUACUGUAAGGGACUAAGACGAGGUGCAAAUUAUAAACAGACGUGUCCGAUUUGGUAGCGGAUGGAUUUAAUUUCAGAGAAUGGCUUAAUCUGAUUUGACGUGAAGACCUCAAUUAAGCGAUGCCUGGGAUUCCACCAGCUGCUGCUCCAUGCUGUGUAGGAAGAGACCCAUAAUACAGGAAGUUCUGCUCCUUAAAUAACAACAACACACCAACAACUAGCAUGUUGCCUCCACACAGAGCAGACGCCCUGCCAGAGCCCUCUCCGUCUGCCUCUCCCUCUCCCAGCCUGAGGAGGGUCCAGGUUCAAUGGGCCUUGUACCUCUCCCUGGCCCUCCUCUGGUUCCCCUCUGGGGCGGUAGCCUCAACCCUCAACUGCCACAAGACCUGCAUCUGUGCCAGUAAUAUCGUGAGCUGUUCCAAGAUGAACCUGACCACGGUGCCGACUGGCCUGCCUCUCUACACGGCUGUCCUGGACCUCAGCUACAACGACAUCUCCCGGCUGAGGGCUGAGUGGACCACGGUGAAACUCACCAAACUCCACAACCUCCUACUCAGUCACAACGGCCUUCACUUCCUCUCCUCCGAGGCCUUCGUCUACGUCAAACACCUACGCUACCUGGACCUGUCCUCCAACGACCUGCGACAGCUGGACGAGUUCAUCUUCGAACCGUUGGGGCAGCUGGAGGUGCUGUUGCUGUACAACAACCGUAUAUCCCAGAUUGACCGCUCAGCCUUCCAGGGUCUCCACAGCCUGCAGAAGCUCUACCUGUCCCAGAACAUGAUCUCACGCUUCCCUCUGGAACUGGUUAAAGACAAGACCCGCCUGGAGAAACUCAGCCUGAUGGACAUCUCCUCCAACAGGAUCAAGGUCCCACCCAUCGAGGAGCUGCAGGUGCUGCCUGCCUGGAUAAAGAACGGUCUCUACUUUCACAACAACCCUCUGAUCUGUGACUGUAGCCUUUAUAGUCUCCUGGCCCACUGGCACAUCCGCCGGCUCAACUCAGCCCUGGACUUUAAAGAUGAGUACAUCUGCUAUCUCCCCGGGUCCCAGAAAAGCAGGGUGGGGGUCUUCGACCUGAACAGAGACUAUAUGAACUGUAGUACGUUCUACGAGGCGGACGAGGAGGCUUGGCUGGAACAGACGCUGAUCUUGCGCUGUGAUACUAAACACAGGGAUCUGUCUAAGACCUGGGUGAUGCCUGGUGAUGUAGUGGUGACGGAGGGGUUUAAUCAGACAGCCAAGGUACUUCCUGAUGGUAGUCUCCAGAUAGGUCCGGUGAAGUCGGAGGACUCGGGGACGUAUACGUGCUAUGCUGUGAGCGAAGCCCUCAACGAGACGCUCUACGUGCUGCUCAAGGUGCAUAACUUCACGGAGAACGGCAACGGCGAAGCCCUGAACACGGCCUACACCACCCUGGUGGGCUGCUUGACCAGCGUGGUCCUAGUGCUCAUCUACCUGUACCUGACCCCCUGCAGAUGCUUCUGCUGCCCCAAAAAGAACCAUGAGGACUCCAUCCACUCCUCCAUGCUCAGCGCCGCACCCAGCCAUGAGGACCUGAUCAACAACACUGACCCAAGGCACGUGGCCUUCAUCGACCCCAAGGAGCUGGGACAGGGGCUGAACGGGAAGGUGAACCCCAACGAUGGGGAGGGGGACCAGGGAGAGAUAGAUGAGGAGGGAGGGUUACUGGGGAAGGGAAGGAGGAAGAAGUCUGUGGCUGAGUCUAUUAGUUCUGUCUUCUCUGACACCCCCAUAGUGGUCUGAGAUGGUACGGACUGUCGAUAUGGAUGUACGCUGUGACGUGAUUGGAUGGAUCAGGGAUGUACGUGGUGUGAUUGGAUGAAACUGUGACUACUUCCUUGGACAGAAAGCCAAUCACAGUUUACUAAACUGACCAAUCAGAAGCUUCAGGGGAGUGUUAACACAUUGCCUUGGUAUUAACAAGGACAACUGACAAUAAACAGGACCUUUCCCCAGCAUUUGAUCUGUAGCACUUAAAUAUACAUACUGUGAAAGCCUGACAGAGGAGUCCCACUGGGCACACACUGGUUGAAUCAACGUUGUUUACACGUCAUUUCAAUGAAAUUACUUUGAACCAAUGUGGACUAGACGUGGAAUUGACGUCUGUGCCCAGUGGAGUGUAAGAGGACGCUGUUCCUUCCUGUGAUACAGUAACGGUGGAUACCAUGUUGGACGGUAGCAGUACUCAGGAAGACAUUGAUUGGCAGAGGACAGAAAAUAUGGAGAUUGUGAGCCAUUUUAAACAUUUAAAAAGAAAAAUUGAGAUGAAUAAGUUUGGAAAAGAACAUAGUUCAUACAUAUAUAUAUAUAUAUAUAUAUAGUCAAGUCAUGAGCAUGAACCUUGUAGACUGACUCAUAUUUCUAUUUACUAAUAGGAGUAGACUAGUGUGAGUCUUCUGUAGACUUUAGUACAUACAGACCGUACAUACGGUAGCUAUACACAUAGAAAUAGAAUUACUUUAUAUUACUUCCUGGCAUGGGUACAUUCAUUAUGGCCACCGGGCCACCCAUCACAGAACAUUGACUUGGAUGGGAAUGUCUGUUCUAAUAAUUAUAUUUCUAUGCAUAUACCCCUCCACCCCCACAGAGAGACAGACAGACAGAGAGACAGACAGACAGACAGUACCACCAGAGCUAUAUAUUGAAGCAUUAACAUGGCGACCAGCUCCAGAGUUGGCCAAACGCAAGAACAUGGACACCAGAUCCAGAGUUGGCCAAAUGCAACAACAUGGACACCAGAUCCAGAGUUGGCCAAACGCAAGAACAUGGACACCAGAUCCAGAGUUGGCCAAACGCAAGAACAUGGACACCAGAUCCAGAGUUGGCCAAAUGCAACAACAUGGACACCAGAUCCAGAGUUGGCCAAAUGCAACAACAUGGACACCAGAUCCAGAGUUGGCCAAAUGCAACAACAUGGACACCAGAUCCAGAGUUGGCCAAAUGCAACAACAUGGACACCAGAUUCAGAGUUGGCCAAAUGCAACAACAUGGACACCAGAUCCAGAGUUGGCCAAACAUAGCAACAAAUGUAAAUUGCGCUACAACGGAUUGAAUCGAGCCGUUAGGUACGUCUCUGGUCAUGAAUAGUCAGAACCAGUGAUUCAUACUGAAGAGGAACAGCCAUGUUAUAAACAAACAUCACACUACAACCCAGAGACCAGACUAAGUGGGCCUGUGAGUGGGAACCAGGAAGUGUAGCUUAUAACAGUGUGUGACUUAUUUUACACCCUCAAGUUAGGCAGGCUGCUAGGUCAAAUUAUUUAUUUAGUCAUAAUGAGAUAGCAAUAGAGCGGAAUAGCAUAAUAAAAGUUCAUUGUGGUUCACCUUUA